CGGAACUUUCGUGCGGUGAAAAAAGUUUCCGCCCAGACUUUGACCCCCCGCGGAAUUCCAGUCAGGCAGGACAGCAUGGGAGAAAGGUUGAUAAACCUCGUUUCACAGCACCCCGUCCUUUUUGAUAAAAGACGGGAUGAUUUUAUGCACAGUGAAUUAAGGGACAACGUCUGGCAGUCCACUGUGUAGCUUGGUGGCUGCGAUGAGAGUGGGAUGCAACUGAGUGAUGGACAGUUUUGUGAGAGAGAAGUUAACUGAAUGGCAGCUUGACAGCCUGGCAGACACCUUUGAAGACCAGGAAGUGGAUAAGGAGAGUUUCCUUCUUUUAGAUGACUGUGCCAUAGCCUGCCUCAUUUCCAAAGUGGGACUGCGUGUCAAAUUCCAGAAACACCAUAAGGAGCUUGUUGCCGUUCACAGCAACCUCCAAAGUUCCAAAGACAGUCAUGGUUCAAGAGAAACAGUGGAGACAGGGAUGGAGGUGCAGACACAGCCAAAUCCCAUCACUCUGACUUUGCAACUUUCUCCAGUAUUUGAGAUUCGCAAGGUUUUGGAAGGCAGUAUGGACGGGAGGUCAAUGUUAAAGAGUCUUGAUGAACUCCAGUCCAUCACCAGCAAGGAGAGAAAACUUCUUGUUAGACUGCUGGUGUCCCACCUGCUGGAAACCAAUGGUGAAACGCCAUCCUCAGACAUCAAGAGAGCACUUGCCAUGUCACUGGUGAAUGAAUUUCCAUGUCUCAAGGAUGAUACAGGCAGUGGUUAUGGAGCUUGGUUCACACCUGGUCGCAAACACAGACCUGCCACAGGUUUUCUGGAAGAGCGGCUAAGGAAUAUAAGAAAACCUUUGAGAAACCUGAGACGACCGCAUCACCAGGAAUCAGAGGAGGAACAUACCGUCUCUGCACAAGAAUCUUGUUUGGCUCCUGAAAAACUUCAAGAGAUGGUUGACUGGUUGAAAGUCAACAAAUACCCAGUCUCUGAAGUUGAAGCAUACAUGAAGGAAACAGUUAUAUACCGAGGCAAGUGGAUCCGCAGUAAUGGAUCUAAAAGCAUCCCAGAAAUACUGAAGGAGUUCCCCAGGCUUGUUGACAACCCUGGCAUGACUUGGAGAAAUUCCAUGCAAUUUUUACCUACCAACAAAUGUACAAAUAUAUCACAAGACUUCCAGCAGCUUCAUCCUGACGGAAUCCUUGCUUAUAUCCAGCGUGAAGGAAAACUGAACGUAGCACUGGAUGACAUGACACCAGCAGCAGCAGGUGCUGCGCCGGGAGACGAGCGAGGGGGGCCGGAUCAGACUCAGCAGCGGCAGCCGGUGGUGAUCUUGUCUGUGGCCGAUGAUGAGCGAGUGGAGGCAGACAUGAGAGGAUUUGUGGACUUCUACGUGGUGUCCGCUGAUAAUGUAGUGGGCUGGUCUGGCUGCACUGCAGCGUCUAUUCACAGGCGCGAUCCCACUACUGAGCGGCACGGGGGCUUUGACCUGCUCCGUCUCCGACCUGGGCCGGUUGACCCCUCCUUAGACGACCUGGUGGUCCCGGGCUCCCCCAGGAGCACCAUAUCUAUACGGAACUUAGUGCGGACACCCGAUCAGCACAGUCCGCUGCAGCUCAGAGCUCCUGAGCUCAAACGAUCCUCCAGCCUCAGCCUCCCGUCAUAG